GGGAAUCUGAGUGAAUGUGGUGAUUGAGCAGGGCAAGUUUGCUGUGGACAAAAGGGGCCGAAGGAGGGGGGCUCGGGGAACAAUUCAAAAUGGAUGGUGGAGAAGAUGAGGAUAGUUGCAGUAUAUACCCGACGGUGCUGCCGUAUGGAAGUGAGUUCACUGCACGACUGCAGUACUUCAUGGAGGACCAGCUGCACACCACCAUGUGGACGGGUGUGCUGAUCGGAGUAGCAGUUGCAGCCUCGCUUAUCAGUGUUAUUAUAUUCUUUUUGUACAGAAGGUACAAACCAAGAGAACAACAAGCCCCCCAGUAUCGCUUCAGGAAAAGGGAUAAAGUGAUGUUUUAUGGCAGGAAAAUAAUGAGAAAGGUGCAGACUUUAUCGUCACCGGUCAAUUCAGGUUCAGUGUCUCAAAAGCGAAGCCGAAAGAGACCCAAAGUCCUCUCAAUAGCACGCAAGAUCCUGCGUAUUCGUCGAGAGCCACCCACCCUCCAGCCCAAAGAGCCACCUCCUUCAGUUCUGGAGGCUGACCUGACCGAGUUUGAUGUGCAGAACUCACACUUGCCUUUAGAAGUCCUGUACAUGCUGAAGAAUGUCAGGGUGCUGGGUCACUUUGAGAAGCCUCUGUUUCUGGAGCUCUGUCGUCACAUGGUGUUUGUGGAGCUGCAGCAAGGGGAGGGGCUCUUUCGGCCCGGAGACAUCGACGACAGCAUCUUUGUGGUACAGGACGGCCGCCUAGAUCUCUGCAUUCAUGAGAGCGAUGGCACCGAGUUGGUGGUCAAGCAUGUUUUGCCUGGAGACAGCGUUCACAGUUUACUCAGUAUCCUGGAUAUCAUCACGGGAUAUCCGGCCCCCUAUAAGACUGUAUCAGCCAGAGCUGCAGCUCCAACCACGGUGCUCCGCCUACCAGCCACUGCCUUCCAGUCAGUGUUUGAGAAAUAUCCUGAAACGUUGGUCCGUGUCGUUCAGAUCAUCAUGGUCCGACUUCAGAGAGUGACAUUUCUCGCCUUGCACAACUACCUGGGACUGACCACUGAGCUCUUCAACCCGGAGAGUCAGGCUGUUCCUCUGGACACAGUGGCCAGUGUACUGGGGGAGGGUGGUCCAGGACGAGGUCACCGCAGACACUCUCAGACCGAGGAACACACUGCUGAUAAACUACCUACUCACAGCAGUGUGGAGAGACACGGUGAUGCAGACAGUGGAAAAUCUAGUCCAACCCACAGCCCCUCGGCCUACUUCAGGAACUCUCGCUCUAUGUCCACUCCAGUAUACAGCUUGGUUUCAGCAGGGUCAGGCGACCUCAAUACUGCCUUUGAACGAGUGGCCAAAAAUGAGGUUCCUUCAAAUGCAGCUGUUCAUAAGUCAAUUCUGAAGAAGACUGUGACUAUGCAGGAUGCUCCCUCUGUGGUCUACCACUACUCAGACACUGGAGGGCACACUGGCCACGUUCACCACAGCAAAGUUAAUGCCAUCUUUCAGGCUGCCAAGAAAGACCUGCUCAAAACCUUUCCGCUCCAGGACCCCAGUCUUCUGGAAGGGAGAGUUACCCUGAGGCAAGUGAAGGCUGGCUGUGUGGUAGCAAAGCAAGGAGACCAGGACGUGAGUAUGCAGUUUGUGAUCUCGGGCACCCUGCAUGUGUAUCAGCGGAUGAUUGACAGAGACGAGGACAUGUGUCUGUUUGUGACUCACCCGGGAGAGCUGGUGGGCCACCUGGCAGUGCUAACAGGAGAGCCGCUAAUCUUCAGCGUUCGAGCUCACCGUGACUGCAGCUUCCUGUCCAUCUCAAAAACACAUUUUUAUGAGAUCAUGCGAGCAGAGCCGCGUGUGGUGUUAAACGUGGCUCAUACAGUGGUGCGCAGAGUCUCCUCCUUCGUCAGACAGAUCGACUUCGCUCUUGAUUGGAUGGCAGUGGAGGCCGGAAGAGCAGUCUACAGGCAAGGGGAGAAGUCAGACAGUACCUUCAUCGUGCUGAGCGGUCGUCUGCGCUCUGUCAUCAUGAGGGAGGAUGGAAAGAAGGAGCUGGCUGGAGAGUACGGCAGGGGCGACCUCAUCGGGGUGGUUGAAGCUCUGACCCACAUGAACAGAGCCACUACAGUUCACGCUGUCAGAGACUCUGAGCUUGCCAAGCUGCCUGAGGGAGCGCUGAACUCCAUCAAAAGAAAAUACCCCCAGGUCGUGACAAGAUUGAUUCACCUGCUUGGCCAGAAGAUCCUUGGAAAUAUGCAGCAAGUUAGUGGACCUUUAUCAGUUCAUGGUUUGGGCCUGCACACUCCUGGCAGUAAGUGGGAUGCAGGUAACCCAGCCUCUAACCUUUCCACGGUGUCCAUCCUGCCUGUGUCAGAUGAGGUGCCCAUGACGGCCUUCACCCUGGAGCUGCAGCACGCCCUCAGUGCUAUCGGUCCGACUUUACUUCUGACCAGUGACAUAAUCAAACAGAGGCUGGGUGCUGCAGCACUGGACAGUGUUCAUGAGUAUCGCCUGUCCAGUUGGCUGGGUCAGCAGGAGGACAUUCACCGGAUUGUCCUGUAUCAGUCAGACAGCACACUAACCCCAUGGACCCAGCGCAGCAUCCGACAGGCCGACUGUAUCCUCAUCGUGGGGCUCGGGGAGCAGGAGCCCACCGUGGGAGAGUUGGAGCGGAUGCUGGAAGGCAGUGCGGUCAGGGCUCAGAAGCAGCUGGUGCUCCUGCACCGCGAGGAUGGCCCCCCACCCCGCGGUACGGCUGAGUGGCUUAACAUGCGCAGCUGGAUCUCCAGACACCUGCACCUAUCCUGUCCUCGCAGGGUCUUCAGCCGUAGGAGUCUGCCCAAGCUGAGAGAGAUGUAUCAGCGAGUAUUUGAGAAGCCACCGGACCGCCACUCAGAUUUCUCCCGUCUGGCCCGUGUGCUGACUGGCAACGCCAUAGCACUGGUGUUGGGAGGAGGAGGUGCUAGGGGCUCUUCUCAAGUGGGCAUCAUUCGUGCUCUGUGCGAGGCGGGCAUCCCUGUGGAUCUGGUGGGCGGCACUUCCGUAGGCUCCCUGAUGGGGGCGCUGUUUGCCGAGGAGAGGAGCUACAGUCGCAUGAAAGUCAGGGCACGGGAAUGGGCCAUGGAGUUUGGAUCGAUGUUUAAGAGGAUCUUGGACCUAACAUACCCAGUCACCUCCAUGUUCACUGGGGCUUCCUUCAACUCCAGCAUUGGUGGCGUGUUCAAGAACAAACAGAUAGAGGACCUCUGGAUUCCAUACUUUAACAUCACUACAGACAUCACUGCCUCCUCCAUGAGAGUGCACACUGAUGGCUCUCUGUGGAGGUAUGUCCGAGCCAGUAUGUCUCUCUCGGGCUACUUGCCUCCUCUCUGUGACCCAAAAGAUGGUCAUUUACUAAUGGAUGGUGGCUACAUCAAUAACCUGCCUGCUGAUGUAGCUCGCUCGAUGGGUGCCAAGGUGGUGAUUGCCAUUGAUGUGGGCAGCCAGGACGAGACCAACCUCACCAACUAUGGAGACUCGCUGUCUGGGUGGUGGCUGCUAUGGAAACGCCUGAACCCUCUGGCGGAGAGAGUGAAGGUGCUGAACAUGGCGGAGAUCCAGACACGGCUGGCCUACGUGUGCUGUGUGCGUCAGUUGGAGUCAGUCAAGGACAGCGACUACUGCGAAUAUAUCCGGCCCGCCAUUGACCGCUUCGGCACGUUGGACUUUGGCAAAUUUGAUGAAAUCGCUGAUGUGGGCUAUCAGCAUGGAAAGACGGUCUUUGAUGUGUGGUGCCGUAGUGGGGUGGUGGAGAACAUGCUGAAAGAUCGACAUCAAGAGGAGUUCCACAAGAGCAAGAGCAGCAAUGUGGUGACCUGUCCCAACGCCUCCUUCACAGACCUGGCCGAGAUAGUGUCCCGGAUAGAGCCGGUGAAGCAGGCCAUUGUGGAUGAGGAGUCGGAGUGCCAGACAGAUUAUGACGAGGACAUAGUGCUGUCAGACUUCGAGCUUUCCAAUGCCAGCAGUGAUCAUGAGCACACUGAGGAAGAGUAUACGGACGAGGAAGAGGAGACCGCAGACACAGCCGAUACGGAUGAAGAGAUCAAGGUGUCAAGAAGACGAAGACGUCAUCAUAAAACGAAUCACACAAACCACAGCAGCCACUGACCACAGAGGCCUGUACUUUUGCUCACAGUUUAGGUACUCUAGUAUUUCAAGAAGGACAGACUGGACUGUGCUCUUGCGUAUCAUGAUGGAAGAGAUGGAGGGAACAGAACAUGAUGUUUGGAGUUUUAAUGUUUUAUGAAUACAGGGAACAGAGUGUGGACACCCUGAGAUUUCGAGUAGUUUCAAGUAGUUUCCUGUAAAACGGGUUCACAAACCCUGGCUACAGUCUGCACACCUCCUGUUUUCUCUGCUCUGUUAUGCUCAGUCUAACUCAUGAGGGGCUUCUCGAUUAGGGAAAAGUAUUAACAUAAUGUUGGUCCUUCGGGCCUGGAACUGUGAGUCUCAGCUAUAAACUAAUACAAUGUGUACUGCACACAAGGUGCUGUAUGUUGCUGCUGUUGGAACAGAACCUUGUAUCUUAAUGUUAACUGUACAGAAGAAGGAAAAAAAACUUUACUUUGAAUGGAAGUUAAAGGAACUAGGAGCUUUUCUAUUGGUUCAUUCAUCCUGAAAUUUUAGCAUGUUGUAGAGGGCAUCCGUUAUUCUUCAAAUUCUGUAAAAAAGUUGAAAAUGGAGAUACAAGGUGAUGGAGAGGGAAAUGGAGAUACAGCAGCGAUUAUGCACAAAUAUACAUCGCACUGUGUAACACUGCAGAAACUCAACAUAUCAGUGUCAGUAUCCUUUGUGCUUCGGACACAUAUUUCUACUAGCAUUUCAAUGCAGUUUCAAUGCAAUUUUGAUAUGACAUUUUUAGCUGCUCUGUUUGUUGUGUAUUAUGUUCCUGAUUGUUACUAGAAGGAAAACACUUUAUUAAAACUCAUUCAGAUGAUGUUUGUUGCUGAUUGUAAUAAUAUAGUAGUUUUAAUAUUGUUAUUCACCGUGAUAAGGUAGUAAUUGUCUCAGUACUGUUUAGCGGUUGUUUGGGCAGCAGUUGGACCACUUUAUUUGGUCUAAAUUUAUUUAGAAAACACAAGGGCUUACAGCACAGGGCUAAGUUUGUUAGACUGUUUGUUUUGUUGAACCAAUGCAAGUAAAUUUGACUGGAAUAUAAAGAUGAUGA